AUGGCGAUUGAAACGAAUAAACUUUUGCUGUCGACACAGCAGGAAAAACCAAAUCAUUAUACAUAUUUAAAGGAAUUCCGUGUGGAACAGUGCCAGUCCUUUUUGCAACAUAAAUGCAAUCAGCAUCGACCCUUUGUUUGCUUCAAUUGGCAUUUCCAAAAUCAAAGGCGCCGACGACCGAUAAGAAAGCGGGACGGCACCUUCAACUAUAGUGCCGACAAUUAUUGCACAAAAUAUGAUGAAACCACGGGCAUAUGUCCAGAUGGUGACGAUUGUCCAUUUUUACAUCGCACAGCAGGUGAUACCGAGCGACGUUAUCAUUUGCGUUAUUAUAAGACAUGUAUGUGUGUCCACGAUACAGAUAGUCGUGGUUACUGCGUUAAAAAUGGCCAUCAUUGCGCAUUUGCCCAUGGUUCCCAGGAUCAACGGCCACCGGUAUAUGAUAUAAAAGAGCUGGAAGCUUUACAAAAUGCCGAACUAACAUUGGAUGGUGCCAAUGCACAGAAUGCAUUAGACAAGGAACGUAAUCUUAUGAAUGAAGAUCCUAAAUGGCAGGAUACCAAUUAUGUGUUGGCCAAUUAUAAAACAGAGCCAUGUAAGAGGCCGCCUCGCUUGUGCCGUCAAGGCUAUGCAUGUCCACAGUAUCAUAAUAGCAAGGAUAAACGUCGUAGUCCACGUAAAGUUAAAUAUAGAUCCACACCAUGCCCCAAUGUCAAACAUGGCGAAGAAUGGGGUGAGCCGAGCAAUUGUGAGGCUGGAGAUAAUUGCCAAUAUUGUCAUACUCGCACAGAACAGCAAUUUCAUCCGGAAAUUUACAAGUCAACAAAAUGCAACGAUGUCCAGCAGGCUGGCUAUUGUCCUCGCAGUGUUUUUUGUGCAUUUGCACAUGUAGAACCUGCCUGUUCCAUUGAUGAGCAACGUGACAAUUCAUUGUCGGCUAGUUUGGCCAAUAGCAGUUUCAUUACCAGAUCUUCGGCUCCUAUUAACAUUCCAAAUUCGGCACUUAGUAAUUCCAUAAAUGAUUUCAAUUCGAGCGGUUUUGCUGUUAAUCUUCCCUACAGUCCCACCACUCACAACACCAACAAUUUCUUCAGUGUCCAGGAUGCUUUUAAUUAUGGCGGCGGUUCGAGUACAAAUAAACUAAGCAAUUCCUUAAGUGCUGCCAAUCAAAAUGAUUGCAGCAAUAAUUUAUAUUUUCCCACAAAUAUUAUAUCGCCGGGCUUUAAUGAUGGCCUUUCCAUAAGUCCGUCAUUUCGAUUAUCGGAAUUGAGUACAAUGCCGGAUGAUUUGAAUAGUGGAUCGUUAGGCAAUAGUCUGACCACCAAUAAAAAUGCAUUUUCAUUGCAAUCCUUGCCAACGCAAAAUAAUGGUGAUGUCGGACGUAUGACAUUGGAGUUGAUGGCAACCAAAACGCAAGCAUUGAAAUUAUCCAAUCGUGUUGAAGAGUUACAGCAUAAGUUGAAUGUUGCCAAACAGGAGGCGCUAAAAUGGAAAGACAGCUAUGAUGCCACACAAAUACAAUUGAAAUUUUUGAAUUCGGAGGAUAAAGAAUUGAGAAAUUUGUCAAUACAAAAAUUAAAGCAAUUACAGUCAAAAUUACGCACCGAUCUAGAGGAAGUCGAAAAGGUUUUGUAUUUAGAAAAUGCCCGAAAGUGUAUGAAAUGUGAAGAAAAUAAUCGUACCGUUACAUUGGAGCCAUGUAAUCAUUUUAUAUUAUGUGACAAUUGUGCCACUUCGGUGACUGAGUGUCCAUAUUGCCAAGUACCAGUAGUAACCACACAUACCUAAAUAUAAACAACAACAAAGUAGAA